AUGACUUCCUUUGUGUCUUCAAUACUUCACCACUCGGCAAACAAGCUAGAUGAUAUGUCAUUUCUUGGAAAGUCAAGCAAACGGAAACCAACACCUCAAUCUCAUCAACAUCAACAUCAACAUCAACAAAGAACUUCGAAUCUAUCUCGAUUCGCUCUUCCUGAAUCAGACUCUGAUGUCAGUGCACUAGUUUACCACGCCCAAUCCAGAACAGCGGCAACAACAAUGGCUGCUUCACAACCACAGGCACAGGCACAGGCACAAUCUCAAUCCCAAUCGCACUUACAAUCGCCUCCACCAUACAACCAUAGCCCUCACUCUAGUCCUGUCCCGUCUCCUAGCACAUCAUGGACUUCGGAAAUGAGUUUCCUAGCUGAAAAAAUUAGAAACGACACUGCUGCUCUAAUGGGCAGCAGUAAUAGUAAUAAUACCAAUAACAGUAAACAGGCCGCAAACCUGGAUCGUCGAAGUAUUUCUCAGGGCAUGAAAUUGGUUUCUAUUGCGGCUGAUGAGUAUGACGACGGCAAUGAGUCGGUUGCUUUGGAUAUCUAUUUGACGGGUCUGGAUAAAAUAUUAAUGGCCUUGCCAAACAAGACCGAUCCAAAGACAAAGUUGGCUUUACGUGAAAAACUAUUUAGCGUGGAAGAACGUGUGGGUAUCUUGAACCUUGGCGCACAACAUAGCCAGAAACAGCAACAAAAGCAGAGAUUGUCGAUCCAAGCCUCAACCGAGCAGCCACACAUUGUCACACACAAUGAACCAAGGGCGUUUCUUGAGUCUUCAAACCUCCUUUCUAGGAUUACAAAUACCAUGGGGGUCAUUAGCAAUAUCAAGAAUCAUGCUUCCCAAUAUGGCAGCCAAGACUUGCCAGUAGUAUCAUCAUCAUCACAAUCAGUAGAACAACAGCAGCAGCGACAGCAAAGAAAUAAUAGAUCCGAAACUUAUCAACAGACCACCACGCGUUCGUCUCCUCCUAUCAUGACAUCUUCCUCUGAUCCUAUCCAUCGCUUUAAGCGAUUCGGUCAGCUGAUGAUUAGCACUUCGGUAUCCUGUGCCGUAGCAGUCAAGCGAUCUCCUUUGCCAGAUAUUUUGUACUUCUUAUUUGGAUAUUUCCUGCAACUUCUUCUUUGGCUGGAUACCCAGUACAACAUCAUCCAAAAGAUCCAGAAUUUUAUGAUCGAAUGUGUCAAACUGCUUCUGGAGGCUGAUGAAGAGUACCGGCUGCAUGAGUAUAUUUCAGAGGCACUCUACAUGUUGUUUGCUGCUAGUCUCAAAGCUGCUGUUGCAUUCAAGGAGGCGCCUAGCUAUCAAGUUCCACAACAGAACAACAGAAACAGUUCAAAAAGACAUUCACACUACAGCGAAUUACCACAGAAACAACCAGAGGCACAGAUUGAGUAUUAUUCAACAGAGAUUGCACAACCUUUACCUCCACCCCAGAGUUCGAGUUGGGUACGGUCACUGUGUAUUAAGCUGUCUUAUUGUCUUCCUUUUUCAUUGAGACCAUAA